AUGCGUGCGAACGAUUCAUACUCUCAUGUUCAGGAGCUACACUUGUUUCGUGAAACGGUAUUCCGUCGUAUAAUGCGAGAAAAGAUGAAAUCGAAGGGGGUAGAGUCGACUCCUGCAGUUGACGAGUUUGAGACGAUUGACACUCCACUGGAAGAGAUUCCGUCUGCACACAUUUUGAACACUGUACACAAAGAGGAGAACCGCGGCUUAUACGGCUGGAUCACCAGUUUCUUCACUCAGGAAGAGAGCAAUGUAAAAAAGGAUGAAGCAUCUGACUUCGGGAAAUUCGAAACCCAUGAAUUCAAAGAUCUUCCGAAGUCAUUUAAUGUGAAGGAAAUGGAGGAAGAGAUUCUUGACGUACUACAUGAGUCGUGGGAUGAUUCGACCCUUCUUCGACGUGAUGUUCUGUUGGCCGAGAUUGCUAUGCGCCUUGAGCACAUGACCCAUCGAUUCGUCGACACUGUUGAAAUGGAGGAAGAGAUUCUUGACGUACUACAUGAGUCGUGGGAUGAUUCGACCCUUCUUCGACGUGAUGUUCUGUUGGCCGAGAUUGCUAUGCGCCUUGAGCACAUGACCCUUCGAUUCGUCGACACUGUUGUUCUGGAUAAGGUGGAGCAGAGGCGUGUCCUCGCGAUGGACCUAACAGGAGUGACCUCGAGAGUAGAACUCAGUCCACGGCAACAUUCUUUGGUUAUAUCACUGGCAGUUUACGACAUGAGCAUACAGCGAUUGCGCAUAGGACAUCCACCACCGAAGGAUGGUCAAUCAGACUAUGAACUUGAUCAAUCGUUCAUGUUUUCUGUGAUGGAGUCGACGAAAAUUCUAUUAGCUGUGGGGCGAAAGGAUAGUAAUGAGGACAACUCGGAACCGAUGUUCAGAAUGCUGUACCGGCGGCGGUCACCACGGCUCACCGUGCGGCACAAUGUGGAGGGCAGCUUCCGUCCGGUGUCUGUAAUGUACGAAGAGAAUGCGCUGAGUGGUCUAUCUACUCUGUUUUCUGAUGAUCCUAAUAUGUUUACAUCAAGCGAGAUUCUGGCUGGAGUAAUACCGUCUAGCAAUCAACAGAUUAUGGCUGUUGACUCUCAUAUAUUCGUGAAUCUACACAUUCCGAGUGUAACGAUGGAAUUGCGUCGUCGUGGAUGGGAUGAAAGGAAACGGUCAUCUCCCGAGUGGGAAGCUGGUGAUCCUUUUGCCUGUCUCACUCUGCAGAAUGUCUCUGUCGGUUAUGUGACCAGAGAAGCACAUGUGUCGAAGAUCAAACUCGGCGUUGGUCAUCUCGAGCUGGGCGAUCUGAUGGAGCGUACAACAUACCCGUUGUUGUCAACAAGAGGGACAUUUGCGAUAUCGAAAACUCUCUCAACAUCUUGCCCUGACCUGUCCACAGCUCCAUCUUCACAACAGAUUGUGUCGUCAUCAUUACCGUCUCGUAGUUUACUAGAAGAUUUCGCGGCAGUCCAUGUACCUCGUAAAAUAAGCACGGCUGUUGACGGAAAGCGGUCAGCAGAAGAGAGGGAGGCCACUAUACUUAUCACGUUGGUAGAUCCAAAGCAUCCUCAGUUUGAGUCGAAGCACAUGAAGGUAUGA